AUGACAACCUUCAUCUUCUUUUUGAUUGUGCUGCUCAUGACAAUGGCAGCAACCACCUCAGCCAAGGCAUUGGCUCCCUAUAGCACGAAUGGCACUGUGGAUUUGGAGAAACUUUCUCAGAUUAUUGAAGAACUGGCCCGUAGACCUUACUAUGAGGGUCCGUAUGAAGUGGUGUUUGAUGGGCCAGCCUCCACUAAUAGCACAGAUGUGUCUAGCUCUGAGGGAAAGAGAGCCAAGAGGUUUGCCAAUGACUUUGAUAGGGAUCUGCUCUUCAUCUGCCCCUAUGGACAGACUUUCUCCAGUAUCUCCAGUUACCAUAGUGACCACCAUGGAGACAGGCGUUUCAGCAUCACCUGUUCCCCAGUGAUGUCGUCCUACACUGACUGUAUUCAGACCAACUGGGUCAACAACUUUGAUGAGGCCUUCACCUACACCUGUCCCAAGAACUUUGCCAUCGCUGGAAUGGGAAGUUUCCACAAUAACAACCAUGAGGACCGCCGGUUUCACUUUAGAUGCUGCGGAGGUGCCACCUUGAGCUAUUCUGACUGCAUGUGGACGCCUUACGUGAACUGCUUUGACGAGUUCUUUGAGUGGCGGGUCCCCUUCCACAACCAUCUUGCCGGAGUCUCGUCCUACCAUGACAAUUAUCGAGAGGAUCGUCGUUUCAGAUUCUACAUCUGCUCCUCUGCAUCCAUGUCUACAUCUGCAGACUAAUGGAGAUGCCAAAGAAGGAAAGGAAAACCAUCUCGGAGG